AUGAUGAAACCACGGGCUCCAGACGCAGACAAAGGUGAUGAUGACAUGGAUGGAGGUCAGGCGACGAAGGCUGCCCUAACUUCGAUGCCAUAUCAAUGUCAAGAACUGAUCCUGUACGGAAGCGUGUUCGCAGAUAAUUUGCCGGAUUUGGAACGUCGAUUAACGGGUCUUUGUGAUCCAGGUUCAACUGAAUUUCACGAACAUGAUCUCUCUUUCAGUCUUCGAACAGGUACAGAUCCAGACGUAACUAUUAGACUGCGUCGGCGCUUCAAUGUAGACUCUUUCAACAGUCACCAAUGGCAGUUUCGAUAUAUUGGAGGACCUGAACCCGAUCAGAAGUGCCCCGUAAUCGUUCGGAAGGUAAUCGACUCCAUCGCUUACUCACAUUUGAUGAUGGAUUUCGUAAAGACAUUGGGUUUGCGCAUGGAUUACGAGUAUAUUGCAAAAGGAACAGUUUGGACGAAUGGAAAGAUGAAAGUAGUGCUCAGCCAGAUUCAAAAGACAGAGAAGGCGGGACACUAUGAUCAAGCAAAUUUGAAACGAUUCUCUGAUUCCUAUCUUGUGGAGAUGAGUGUUUGUUUGCCAGAUUCUGCUGAAUACACUGCUGCCGCCAAACAACUACGGGAUUUUGCCGAUCAACUCUUACCGUUAGUGGAGAUGGAAAAGCUUUAUUUAGAUUUUGGUAUGACAGAUGUUCAGGGGAGCAAUAAUGCUCCGAUAGUAGAGGAGAAUGAAGAAGAAGCGCAGGUUGAAAGUCCUAAAGAUCAUGUAGACAUGAAAUGCAGCUCUACUGGAGAACCUGGGAUGGUUGAAAGUGAGAAUCCUGGGCCCAGCUCUGAUAGUCCAAGCAAGGUUGAAGGAAGCGGAGAUGCUGCGCAGAGCGCUAAGACUAGCUCAAGAAAGCUGAGGUUAGCGGUUGCUGGAUGUGCUCAUGGUGAAAUGGACAAAAUAUAUGAAGUCUUAGCUGAAAUAGAAAAGGACAAAGGAUAUAAUUUUGAUCUACUCAUCUGCUGUGGUGAUUAUCAGGCUGUAAGAAACUAUGGAGAUUUGCAUCACAUGCAUGUGAACGAGAAAUACCGGUCCAUACAAACGUUCUACAAGUACUACUCAGGAGAAAAGACUGCACCAGUUCUUACACUCUUUGUUGGAGGAAACCACGAAGCUUCGGGAUACUUGUCAGAGUUGCCAAACGGAGGUUGGGUAGCCCCAAACAUAUACUAUAUGGGGUUCGCAAAUGUGAUAAGGUUUGGUGGUUUACGAAUAGCUGGCCUGUCGGGAAUAUUUAACAUAAAAGAGUUCAAUCGAGGACACUAUGAACGGCCACCUUAUGCCCAAUAUGGUGAUGUGGUUUCUUGCUACCACGUACGCAAUCUAGACGUAUGGCGUCUAAAACAGCUAAGACCACCUGAUAAUGACAUUACAAGCAAUCCUAUAGAUAUCAUGGUGACUCAUGACUGGCCAGCUGGAAUCGUAGAUUUUGGGGAUAAGAAUCGCUUGCUGAGAAUUAAGCCAUUUUUUCUGGACGACAUCAACGGCGGUAAACUUGGGAAUCCUUCUACAAUGCAGUUGUUAUAUGAUAUGCGCCCAAAAUACUGGUUUGCUGCUCAUCUGCACGUAGGCUUCGCCGCAUUGGUGCCACAUGAAAACAAGGAUGGUUCUCCAGGAGCGAUGCCUACUCGGUUCUUGGCACUUGACAAACCGAUUCCUCAUAGACAUUUUAUUCAGGCUUUGGAAUUAGAUAUAGAUGAUGAUGCCGAGUUAAAGCUAUCUUAUGAUCCUCAGUGGCUAGCCAUUUUGAAGAACACAGACAGGUUUACAAGCAUAUCACGUUCUAACGCCUACCUCCCCUCCGCUCAUAGCACUGAGCGAUGGGAUUUCCGGCCAAAAGAGGAAGAACUCGCGAGUAUUUUUGAGCUUGGAGAUCUGACUAUCCCUGAGAAUUUCCAACAAACUGCGAGACCAUUAAAGAAUGAUACGCAGGAAGCUCGACGAGCGCAGUCGUCUCCAUACUACAGGAAUCCUCAAUCGGCCGAGUUCUGUUCAUGGCUAGGAAUUUCUGAUCUGAAUAAAAUGCUUGUGGAUAAGGAUCCUGAUAGUGUGGGGAUCGCCUAUUAUCUUGUAGAAAGCAGCGCAGAUGAUAGCGAGAUCCGGAUUGAUGAUGAUAUUUUCGGCGAUGGCGAGGACUUCGUGCUUGAUACUCAACCAACAUUAUGUGAUUUGGAUGAUUCUGUAUCAAUGAAAGUUGCUCCAAAAACUCCAAGAGACGUUCACGACGAUGCGCUGAAAGAUUUUAUUCCACCGAAGCUUACUCCAAAAACACCCAAAAACACUAUAGAUGACGUUCUAGAUGGAUUUGUACCUCCUAAAAUUACACCGAAAAGUACCCAUGACCACAAAAGCGAGGAUUCUUUUGUGUUAAAGCGUCGUAAAGUUGAUAUUCCUGAUGAUGACUAG